UAUAUUAUUUUCCACUCAUAAAAUUCCGAAUUUUACCUCUAUCCUUCCCAGAUACUAAACCCAACCAUGGAUUUCUACUAUUUGCCUGUCUCGGCCCCCUGUCGAUCGGUUAUAAUGACAGCCAAAGCUCUGGGCGUUGAACUAAACAAAAAAUUGCUACAAAUUUCAAAACGCGAAAACUUAAAACCGGAAUUCCUUAAAAUUAAUCCUCAGCAUUGUAUUCCCACAUUGGUUGAUGGUGAUUUGACUUUGUGGGAAUCACGUGCCAUUAUGGUCUAUUUGGUGGAGAAAUAUGGCAAACAAGAUGAUCCCUUGUACCCCAGUUGCCCCAAAAAGCGUGCACUCAUCAAUCAGCGUCUUCAUUUCGAUUUGGGUACACUGCAUACAAGUUUUGCCAAUUACUUUUAUCCGAAAUUCUUCACCAAGAAACCAAUCGGACCGGAGGUUUAUAAAAAAUUAGAAGCAGCCUUGGAAUUUUUGGAUAUAUUCUUAUCGGAAUCCAAGUAUGUUGCUGGUGAUACCAUGACAUUGGCUGAUUUUGCCAUUUUGGCUACAGUCAGCACCAUCGAAAUGGCAAGUGUGGAUCUAAGCAAAUACCCGAAUAUAAGCAGAUGGUAUAAUGAAAUUGGAGAAACUGCGCCUGGUGCUGAUGAGAAUCGUGCAGGUGUUUUAGAAUAUAAGAAAUAUAUUUAAAAUUAAUAAU